AAACUCUUGGUGCGUUGACAGGACUUUUAAGCGACCGAAAAUGUUUAAAGAAAAGUUCUCGGUAACAUAUGGCACUCCUGCGUCACAUCAGCCACCGUCGGCAAUGGAGCUGGCUGAUAAUCUGGACUAUCCAAACCUUAAUGCGGUCGACAUGAAUGCACGCCUUGAAAAUCUGUCACCACGUCUUCACGAUUGCUUUGACAGCAUUACCAUGAAUAAAGAGAAGCAUUUUGCACUGGCCACCAAUAAGCGUGAUGGUGCACACUGGUGGGGCGUGCUCUUUGGCUACAAGCAGACGGACCAUAUGACUGUCGACAAUGCAGACUACAAGCUGCAAUGUGAUACGACUAUCAAUAUAUUGCGAUAUGCUGAUCAUAAUGUGCUGCUUGUGGCACUGGGAGACACACGCUUGCAAGUUUGGUCAACUUAUUCCACCGUGCGCCAUCCCAAAUCACCAUACUGUUUAUUUCUCAUUGGCGAGGAAGCUGCUCACAAGGCGCCUAUCAAUCAACUUUGCGUAUUUGAGUCAGAGCCAAAGAAAGCCGUUUCUACCUGUCUGGACAAUACACUCAAUGUGUGGGAUCUUUCUGGUGCUGAUUUGUGCUGCACAUAUCGUGCAAGCGCUGCCCACAUUAAUAAACUGACUGGCUUGGCAACAUCCGUCACAAGUGCUGCCCAGGUAAUAACCUGCGAUCGUGGCGGGUGUGCGCGUCUAUGGGAUGUGCGUGCCUCGUCUCCCUCCUCUACAUGCCUCUACGACGACCAGUCGCAUUUGCUCAGCUUUACCUGUGCUGCAUGGGCAUCGCCCCGUGAGCUUAAGGGUGACAAUUACGUUUACCUGGGCGACUACGAUGGUAAUGUGCAUACAUUGGACAUACGUGUGCCGCGCAAGCUUCAGCAAACUGAUUCCUAUUUUAAAGAUGGUCAUGUCUCUCGUUUGCUUAUUAAUGGCGAUCACUUGGCCGUCAUGAGCAACCAGCCAGUUGCUGUCAAGAUAGCAAAAGUUCAGGAGAGCCAUGAGAUCGUUUAUACUAACGAGAACACACAUUCUCGUCUAACAGAUGCCGUAUGGAGCAAUGAAAAUACACUGUUGACCAUUGGACAUGGUCGAAAAAUGGCCACGCACAAAAUAUAAUUCCUAUGUUAUAGUUAUAAUUAGGAUAUUGCCGAAUCUGUAAUUUCCUAGCUAACAAAUAUAUAUUAUUUUUUACAUCAGCAAUUGUGACCUAUGCAUCCGCUAAAAUAUUAAGCUUGUAUGCUGCAAACAUUACAUACAUAUAUAUAUAUAUAUUAAUUUUUUUUUGAAAAUAUUCACUCCCAAUGCAUCUUGUUCAACUAGGUCACACAAUAUGUAACAUAUCAUUCGCUUUGUCACACGAUAUGCAUUUAUAUGCAACAACAAGUAAAGUGAUUAGAGUUAAAUUGCUUAUAGAACAGCUUAACGUUAUAGUUAAGUACAUAAUCAAAAUAAAAAUCUUUAAAAAAGUA